AUGAUGACUAGGGUUGCCGUUUUCGAGUCGGGCCGACGUUUCGAGUCAAUUUUUCGGGCCGGCCCAACCGAGUCUUUUUCAGGCCAAAAUCGAUGCCCGAUUCGAUCUUUCGGAUCGGACCGGGCCGGCAACCAUAUUGUUGACUUUCAUUUCGCCUUUCUCCAAGUUCGUUUCCCCAAUGUUUCGCUUUUCGUGUUUCGCCAAAUUUUGCCUCUUUUGUCGUUUCGCCUUUUUCUUUCGCAUUUCGUGUUCCGCAUUUUUAUCGAUUUUUGCUUUCGAAUUUCGUAUUUCGCUUAUUUUUGACA